AAUGAAGUCCAUGGGCAAUCAGUUUCAUCUAAAAUCCAUUUAGGCAGUCUAUGCUUUUUUCCUUCUCCCUCACACAAACACAACCUCUUCCUUCUGUUAUUCCCCUCAACCACUCCCCCUCCGCCGUCUGCCGGCGACUUAUCAUUUCCCGAUCAUCGACUACUCCUCCGCCUGAAUCUUUCUGUGUUCAGAUUAGUUGAGGAAGGAUUAUUGUUGUUAUAUUUAUGACGUCGGGGACAAGGCUGCCGACUUGGAAGGAGAGAGAGAACAAUAAGCGUAGAGAGAGGCGGCGGCGUGCCAUCGCCGCUAAGAUAUUUGCAGGUCUUAGAGUUUAUGGAAACUACAAGCUGCCUAAGCACUGCGACAACAACGAGGUUUUAAAAGCCCUUUGUAAUGAAGCUGGUUGGAUCGUUGAAGAAGAUGGAACCACUUACCGUAAGGGUUGUAAACCCACUGCUCGUGUGGAGGCUACGGGUGGAUCAGCUUCGGCUAGUCCAUGCUCAUCAUACCAACCGAGUCCAAACGGUUCCUACAGUCUGAACCCUAGUUCAUCCUCUUUUCCCAGCUCCAUCUCAUCCCUUUAUGCGGCUAAUGGAAAUCCCGAUCCUAAUUCUCUUAUACCAUGGCUAAAGAAUCUUUCAUCUGGUUCUUCACCUUCAUCCAACUUCCCUCACCAUCUCUACAUACCCGGUGGCUCCAUAAGUGCUCCUGUCACUCCUCCAUUAAGCUCACCUACUUGCCGAACACCUAGAAUGACCGACAUUGAUGAUCAUCAAACCACAGUCCCAGCCUGGGCUGGCCAGCACUACCCUUUCUUACUUUCUUCGACCCCUCAAAGUCCCAGCCAUCAAACACCAACAGAUUCAGGGUGGGUUUCGGGGGUUCAAACGCCCAUAGAAGGGCCGUCAUCACCCACAUUUAGUCUCGUUGCAUCAAACCCAUUUGCAGUUUCAGGUACCGGCUCGAGAAUGUGGACUCCGGGGCAAAGUGGGACUUGCUCUCCAGCUAUCACUGCUAGCUUCGACCAAACGGCUGACGUCCCUAUGUCUGAUGCAAUUUCAUCGGAGUUUGCUUUUGGGAGUCACAUGAAAGGUCUGGUGAAACCGUGGGAAGGUGAGAGGAUACAUGAAGAAUGCGUUUCUGACGAUCUUGAGCUCACCCUCGGCAACCCUAGCACGAGAUAAGAGCAGUGCAGAAUGAAAUGAAUGCAAUGGGUUUGUAACACGAAAAAG